AUGCAGACCGAAUCAGGUAUAGUGCCGGAUUUCGAAGUCGGGGAGGAGUUUCACGAGGAGCCUAAGACCUAUUACGAACUGAAGAGUCAGCCUCUGAAAUGCAGCAGUUCCACGGAGCAUCCUGGGGCUUCCAAGCCUCCGCUAAGCUCCUCCAGUAUGACAUCACGGAUUUUGCUACGCCAGCAACUCAUGCGUGAGCAGAUGCAGGAGCAAGAGCGCCGGGAGCAGCAACAGAAACAGCAAGCUGCCCAGUUCAUGCAACAGAGAGUCCCCGUGAGUCAGACACCAGCUAUUAACGUCAGUGUCCCCACUAGCCUUCCCCCUGCUACCCAGGUGCCAAUGGAAGUCCUUAAGGUUCAGACCCAUCUAGAAAACCCCACCAAGUACCACAUUCAGCAAGCCCAAAGGCAACAGGUAAAGCAGUACCUUUCUACCACUUUAGCCAAUAAACAUGCCAACCAAGCCCUGAGCUUGCCUUGUCCAAACCAGCCUGGGGACCAUGUCAUGCCACCUGGACCUGGGAGCAGCGCACCAAAUAGCCCCAUGGCUAUGCUCACACUUAACUCCAACUGUGAAAAAGAGGGCUUUUAUAAGUUUGAAGAGCAGAACAGGGCUGAGAGUGAGUGCCCAAAUAUGAACGCGCAUUCUCGAGCAUCGUGCAUGCAGAUGGAUGAUGUAAUUGAUGACAUAAUUAGCCUUGAGUCAAGCUAUAAUGAAGAAAUUCUAGGCCUGAUGGAUCCAGCAUUGCAAAUGGCCAAUACGUUACCUGUUUCUGGAAAUUUGAUUGACCUUUAUGGCAACCAAGGCAUGCCACCUCCAGGGCUGGCAAUCAGCAACUCCUGUCCAGCCAAUCUUCCCAAUAUCAAAAGGGAACUCACAGAAUCAGAAGCAAGGGCAUUGGCCAAAGAGAGACAAAAAAAGGACAAUCACAAUUUAAUUGAACGACGGAGGAGAUUUAACAUCAAUGACCGCAUUAAAGAGCUAGGCACUUUGAUACCAAAGUCAAAUGACCCAGACAUGCGUUGGAAUAAGGGAACUAUUUUGAAAGCAUCUGUGGAUUAUAUCCGAAAACUGCAGCGAGAACAGCAGCGGGCAAAAGAACUUGAAAACAGACAGAAGAAACUGGAACAUGCCAACAGGCAUCUUUUGCUCAGAAUACAGGUAUAUGGACUUCCUUUCAGGGAAAUGAAUCCUCCAGGAAGAAACAUAUUCACUAAUUAG